AUGUUGGAAGUGUGUCUCCCUGUGGUUCCACGGUUUUCUUCCUCAGUUGCAGCCAGAGGCAGAAGCAAGUCCUCGCUGCAGAGUGCUCAGGUCGACUGGUUUUGGUGUGACCCGCGUUUUGAUGUUUGUCGAAGCUAUCUGCGUUUUACUUUCCUGCGUGUGUAUGACUUUUCAGAGAGACAUUCCCCAGGUCAUUUUCAAGUUUCCUCGUCGCAUUCCGCGCGCCGCCUCUCUCCGCAGCAGCUGCUGCUUUGUUCUUUCGCAGUUCUUUUUCGCGCAGUGGCUCCCUCUCGACUUCUCCACGCCUCGGGAUUGCGCGACUUCGACUUGCAGCUGAAAAUACUGCUCCACGCGGCGUCUCUCUCGCCUGUCCACCCCGAUGCAUUUCAGCUGCGCCUAAACUUCGCCUCGGAGGCUCGCGAACAGGACUCGUUUCGCGAGAGAAGACAGGAAGUCACCGCCCGCCGCCGGCUUUUUCUGGGAGGGGCGACGACGACUCGCGGGAACUCGCACGGGGAAGAAUUGUCGAAAAGGUUCAGCUGUACCCUGAGUUGCAAGAGAAGGCGACGUGGAAGCAAGGCGGAGGAGGUUGGUGUGUCGACUGCCUGGCGAAAGAAAAGGUUCCACGGUGGGUGUGCAGAGACCUGAGACAGAGAGAGAGGGGCGUCAGAAUCGCUUCAAGGUCAAGCGCUUCAUCGAUGCAUGCACGGCGAACUCGCGACGCCAGCCGUCGUCCCGUUCCACGAGUUCUCGUCGCUUUGCAGGGCAGGGAGGCCGAGGGGAG